GAUCGUCGCCUUAUUCUUCACCACUCGUUAGUGAAAUCGACUGAAAAACAUCACAAGUCGAUGUUCAACCGCGGUGGAAAGAUAAUUGUCUAUCUCGAGCCGGCUCCACCUCAUAAUGUUGGCCCUCAAAGAACGAGCAACUUCAACUACAUCCGUUUCGUUUUUCGAAAUGGUGGAGAAGAAGAUUUUCAUAGGAAAUAUGAAGAAGCACUGAAGCGGAAGACAUGGCAGAGAUCUAGCUCAGGGUCAAGCUCCGGUGGAUCAAGAACGAGUCAAGGUCUACAAAUGCGUGCAGUGGGGAUUGCCGGCCUCGAAAAAAGAAUAGCAGAAAACCAUCAAAGAACUCAUGAGACAAUCAGUCAGGCAUUCGAGGAUAUGUCGCGUCUAAUGGAAACUGCUCGCGAUAUGGUCGCUCUUUCGAAAAGCAUCGCUGAAAAACUCCGUUCACGUCGCGGAGAAAUUACUGAAGAUGAGACAAUCGCAUUCAAAUCAUAUUUGCUCUCGCUUGGUGUGUCAGAUCCUGUGACAAAGUCAGCGUAUGGGAGUGGUGCUAUUUAUUUCGAAAAGCUUGGAGAAGAACUUUGUACAGUACUCCUAGAACCGCUCAAGGUAGUUAACGCUCCUUUCUGUACAAUUUUUUUGGUUUUUGUUGCAUAUAUCAUACGUAUUUUACGCUUUCUGGUUGGGAGUUUACGGGCAUGCUUUAAAUCAUUAUAA